ACCAUGAAGCUUGUAGUGUUUUCCCUCCUGGCCACCGCCGCCUACGCCGCAACGCUGUACGACGCCCCGCGGCCACAGACUCGUGCCUUCGACUCCGCUGAGAAUGUGGCCAUCCUGAGGGACGAGCGGUUGAUCGACGACGAAGGAAAGUACAACUUCGACUUCGAGACUGCCAACGGCAUCUCGGUGUCGGAGUCUGGCGCUCCAGUGGGCGAGGACGGUGCUGUCAACAGCGCUGGAUCCUUCUCGUACACCGCUCCUGACGGCACUCCCGUCCACGUUGAGUUCGUAGCUGACGAGAAGGGCUUCCAGCCUCAGUCCGACCUCCUGCCCGUGGCCCCCGCGUUCCCCCACCCGAUCCCACAGUUCGUCCUGGACCAGAUCGCCUUCGCCGCCGAGGAGGACGCCGCCCGCGCCCGUGGAGAGCUGAGGGAGGUCAGCCAGCCUUCCAGCAGAUACGGGGCUCCCUAGACAGCAGUUAAACUGAUUUAGGAAUGGAUACUGUUUAUCACACACACUUCAAGCUGUCUUUCAUAUGCAAGUUAUUUAUUAUGCUUUUGAUUCAUUGAUAUUAAUAAAAGAAAGAAGG